CCGAGCUCUCUAGAAGGAAGAAGAAGCUGGGAGCAGCAUGGAUCUUCUCUGCGACGCAUACUCCAAUACCUCAGACGACGACGACGACGACAAAGGAGAACAACCGAAACGACAGAGAUUAUCAAUCUCUUCCUCAAACCCACCAAAACCCCAUCUUUCUUCUCCUUCUUCUUCUCUUUUCAACUUCCAAACACAAGCUCCCAUUCCUGGAAGUUACGUUUCCAAACGACAACGCGCGUCAUUGGGUCCCAAGCCCACCUCUCUUCCUGACCCUAAUCCCCUUCCAUCUUCCUUCACACUAACCGGGAGUAUCUCAGAUGCUGACAUACCCCGUAGCAUUUUAUCGUUGUUGAAAAAUAAGGCACAGGGUCAUCAAAACCUCAACUCAAUACCUGAAAAGCUAUCUGCGUCUCUAUAUGGGCAUACAAAAGCUGUUAAUGCUAUACAUUGGUCAUCAAGUCACGCUCACCUCCUUGCAUCUGCUGGGAUGGAUCAUAUGGUUUCCAUAUGGAAUGUAUGGAGCAGAGAUCAGAAGAAAGCAUGUGUGCUAAACUUCCAUAAUGCAGCAGUGAAAGAUGUGAAAUGGUCUCAGCAAGGGCUCUUUCUGCUUUCUUGUGGAUAUGAUUGCACAUCAAGGUUGGUUGAUGUUGAAAAGGGAUUGGAGACUCAGGUUCUCAGAGAAGAACAAAUUGUUGGAGUUAUAAAGUUCCAUCCAGACAAUUCAAAUCUCUUCCUUUCUGGGGGAUCAAAGGGCCGUAUCAAAUUGUGGGAUAUCAGAACUGGCAAAGUUGUGCAUAACUAUAAUCGGAAUUUAGGUCCUAUUCUGGAUGUUGAGUUUACAACAAAUGGGAAGCAGUUCAUUUCUUCUAGUGAUGUAUCUGGGAGCAAUCUCAGUGAGAAUUCUAUUAUUGUCUGGGAUGUGUCAAGACAGAUACCAUUGUCUAAUCAGGUUUAUGUGGAAGCUUAUACCUGUCCCUGUGUAAGGUGCCACCCAUUUGAUUCGAUUUUUGUUUCCCAAUCGAAUGGGAAUUAUGUUGCAAUCUUUACUACCACCCCACCCUACAGACUCAACAAAUAUAAGCGAUAUGAGAGCCAUGGGGUCUCUGGGUUCCCAAUUAAGUGCAAUUUCAGCUUGGAUGGCAAGAAGCUUGCCUCUGGCUCUUCAGAUGGUUUUAUUUAUAUUUAUGAUUAUCAGUCAUCCAAAGUUGUGAAGAAAAUCAAGGCCUAUGACCAAGCAUGCAUAGACAUUGCCUUCCAUCCAGUUAUACCUAAUGUUUUUGCUUCAUGCUCAUGGGAUGGAAGUAUUUUGGUAUUUGAGUAGAGUUACUUAUUAUCAUACCAAUUCCAGGGCAAUCUUUUAAUUUAUCCAAACGACUGAAGGGCCAUCCAUUUGCUCGCUACAAGAAAAUGACUUUCUAGGAAACGCGAAUCUGAGAGGAUUGGAGAAGUCUAGCUUUCUCUCAGUCUAUCUAGCUGUUUCUAGUUUGUUACAGAUACUGUGUGAAUAAUGAAACCUUCUCCCACAUGUCGUAUUCGUUGCUUAAAUGUGUGCCUUUGACUGUUGUACUGUGGAUUUAAUGUUGAUUCACAUAAGUUUAUAACUAUAGUGACUCGUACAGAGUCAACUGUUGAAAAAACAGUUUAAAGUAUUUACCAGACGUGAGAAAUCUUGGUAACUAUAAUGAUGUGACAGCUUCUUGUUUCUGAAUAGUGUGGAAAGUUACUAACAU